AUGGAGCUGGAGUCUGAGGGAUGCCAGAAGUACUUCCGGCCAUGUGCAAAGCUGCGCAAUCUGGGUGGAGUUAUCGUUGUUGCACGAAGGGACACGGAGGCUUCAUCUGCGGUGACCGCUAUGCUCGCGCGGUGGAACCUCGCCCGCGGGCUGGGUAAGAGCACUUACGACCCGCGGAAGGAGCCCACGAUCUUAGCAGAGGCUGGCAGCUUUCAGCUCGAGUUCCGCUAUCUCUCUGCAGUGACGGGAGAUCUACGCUACAGCAAGGCAGCAGAAGUGGCUUCGCAAGCCAUCCGCGAUGCAGGUGCCGACGGGCUGGUACCGGUUCACCUCACGCCAGCCGAAGGUGGCAAACCCCAGCUGAUGCCCGACAGGCUUGCCAUGGGCGCCCUGGCAGACUCUUACUACGAGUACCUGCUGAAGCAGUGGCUUCAGAGCCCCGAGGAGACUCAUCAUCGCGACGCCUGGCUCGCAGUCAUGGACGCACUGCCCUCGCUGGUGGUUCCAGAUCCCCGCGCCGAAGGCAGCGGGAGCAGCAAGCUGCAGCUCUUGGAGAUGAAUCGCCAAGGAGGCCUCAUGUGGAAGAUGGAUCACCUUAGCUGCUUCGUGCCUGGUAUGAUCGCACUGGGUUUGCGACACAUGUCGGACGAUGAGCUGCUGCAGAACAGCCGCAACGAGACUUGGCAUCGCAUGGCCGCAGGACUGACCUCCACAUGUGCUCACCUCUGGAUGGACACCAAAUCCGGGCUGGCUCCAGAAUUUGUCUUUUUGGACAAGAUGAAAAGUGGCGAGAAGACGAUUCCUCGUGGGGCGCAGCAUUCGUACCUGCGUCCGGAGACCGCAGAGUCCCUCUUCUACCUGUACCGGAUGACGGGGCAGACGAGAUACCGCAAGUGGGGCAAGAAGCUGUUCCGAUCCAUUGUGGAGCACAGCAAAGUCGCCGGCGGCUACGGCUCGGUCGAGGAUGUAACCGUGGUGCCCACGAAGAAGAUGGAUGAGAUGCAGUCCUUCGUGAUGGCUGAGACCUUCAAAUAUCUCUAUCUGCUCUUCUCGCCCAAUGAGGCAUUCGAUUUGGACCGCUACGUUCUGAAUACCGAGGUCGGAGUUCGGAUGCUUUGGGGACUAGCAUGGUCAGACUUAGGAGAUUUUUGGGUGCUCGGAUUUGAAGUCUACAGAGAUGACGGGAACGGAUUUUUCGCCUUUAUUGUUUAG